AUGGAAGAGCUCAAAGAUGCGAGUAUUCACCACACAGCGAUCAAAUUAGCAGAAGACAUUAAAAAUUUAAAAGUUUAUGGAAAUUUGUACAAAACAGUGCAGAAACUCGCUUGUUCGCCCGAAGUCGAUAAAGAUGACAUGAAAGCCACGUUAGAAGCUGCCAUCAAAGCAAAUGGUCUCGAAACGGAUAUUCGAAAUUUAGUUUUCCAUUUAAUUCGGAGCACCAUCAAGCAAGAAAGUGAUCCGUUAACAUAUCUCCGUCGCGCUGGUGUUCAAUGGGAACGCCGUGUCCGUAAAUCCUUGAACGCAAUGUGUACAGAGCUGAAGGCGCCCUUGCAAGGUUUGCUCCGAAGUGCUGUGGAUAAAGAAGAAUUAGUGUCAAAAUGGAACGAAUUAAGCAAUUACCAAAUCGAUCUUUCGAAUUAUCGUCCCGUUUACGCCCCGAAAGACCUUUUGGAAGUGCUUCUCUCGUUAAAAGGUCCCCCGAGGAAGGAUGAUGAAGAUGCAACUCCUAAAUGGGAAUUCAGUCACAUUUCCUUGCAAACGAAGAAUUUAUUCCAACUUCGGCUUCAUUUCGCGGAAUUGUUGCGUACGGACUCCCUCAUGGACUUUCAUGCAACUUGCGUUAAGGUGUUACAGACUCGACAUGCCCCAUUGUGUCAGCAAGUUCUCAAAAAAGGCGCUACGCCAAAUCAGUUACGAGGCGCGCUUUGGUCUUAUGUGCUCGGAAGUCAUAUUGAGCCGCAUCACGAAGAACAUUGGCAAAAGCAUAAAAUUGCCGUUUUUAAUACAGAUCUCAUCGUUGACAAACUCGUUUUUAAGGAUAUUCAAUUAACUGCCACGAAUGACGACCAAUAUUUCGUUUUUGAAGACAUUUUGUACCAAAUUAUGCUUUGUUUCUCACGCGAUACGGAAAUUAAUUUGUUGGUUCAAACGGAGUUUACGAAUUCUUCGAAGGCGAAACAGUAUGAAGGACCUCCGAGUGGCGUUGUGCCUUUUCAUGGCAUUUGUAUGUAUGUUGCUCCAUUUUGUUAUCUUUACGAUAACCCAGUUGCCUUAUACUUUACCUUCCGAGCCUUCUAUAUCCGAUAUUGUCAUCGUCUCACAACUGUCAAUACUCACCCUCAAGGCAUCGUAAGUCUCUGUCUACUAUUUGAAAAAUUACUUCAAACGCAUGAACCUCAACUCUGGUCACACCUGAGAGAAUUACAAAUUCAACCCAUUCGAAUUGUCUUUAAAUGGUUAAUGAGAGCCUUCAGCGGACAUUUACCGCCCGAGCAACUCUUAAUUUUGUGGGAUUUGGUUUUGGGCUACGACAGUUUGGAGAUUUUGUCGUUGCUCGCGAUCAUAAUUGUGAGUUUUCGGAAGGAAAGUCUCAUGCAAGUGACGACAAUUGAGAAUAUCGAGGCAGUUUUGGCGGAUUUGUCGUCGAUUAAGGUGUUGCCGUUAAUUCAACUCGCGCUGUCGAAGGAUUAA